AUGGAUCUCUCACUCGAUGAUACUGCAACAAGCUGCGACUCUCUCAGGACUAGGUAUAAGAGGGCUGUUACGGACCUUCUGAGAUCACUCAAAUCCGACCCAAAGCUCAAUUACUCGAGCAAUGAUCUCAUGGAGCUUAAUGUCAAUCUUGGAAUGUUCAACCCUGAAGAUCCAGACUUUGUGGCGUCGCACGUCUGCCUCUUCAAGCCUAUACCGUCCGAUGAGUUCGAAAAAUUCACCUUUGAUUUAUCAAAGGCAUCUCGAGACACACGCGGCUCGCACGAUGAGUACGAUAAGCGCUACUUUGAAAUCUCUGAGGAUGUUACAGAAGGCCGCUGUCAGCCUGACCGAGAAGAGGUCUUCGCCAUGAGUCAAGACGCAGAACGCACCGCUCAAUACUUAAACAUACGCUACGAAUACUCACGCGCAAAGACAUCGCGCUUCAAGACUCUUGCUAUCAUCUCUGGUUGGACUCAAAUGGAUAUUGAAAACUCUUUCUCAAAGCUCCCAGAAGGUUUCCUCAGUGGCUUUCAGCGGUGCCAGCAAAUUCCAGAUUGGGACAUCAGGGCCGACUACGAGUGGCAAGACAAGAAAACAAUUUACCCGCAUGUUAUGCUUGUUAUGCGCUCUGGAGCGGUCGCGGUUGAAGGAAAACUUUUUCUCGGCGAGCUUGGAUCCAUCGCCCAGGUCAUCAAGAAUCGCCUAGCGCAGAAGGAAUUUGUGACAACCUCGCUAUUCCCGGUCCUUGUGAUCGCGCUCUAUGGACCGCGAAAUGGUCGUCUCAUCCAGGCAAGAUAUGACAAGUCCGGGGUCUUGAAAGUCAGGGCUUCGCCAAUCUAUUCCUUUGCGGAAAGAGAAAAGGCACCCUGGGACCUCUUCCUACGCUAUCACACCAGCAAGCAAUGCGAUGGCCCAGAAAUUGAACUUGGCUAUGAUCAAGUGGAGUCUGAGUAUGUCCCCAUUGAGACCGAAUCCUGCAGAGGCAUCGAUGUUCUUGCCCGGGAACCCAAGCACGUCCCCAAGAAUGGUCUCGAACCUCACCAAGCGAACAAAGAGAACAUCCCCCCUGGCAAUGAUGAGGAAUGGCAAGCUGACGAACAAUGA